GUAAGCGAGCUGUUGUUGUGCUUCGAUGUCGAGGGAAAAGUUGGAGCUCACUUGUGCAUGAACAUCCGUCAUGCUGCAUUGGAGGCUCUGAGGAUCACGUUUUGGAAUUGAACGCUCCGCUUGGAAUGGUCGCUUAUGAAACGACGCACGUAUGCGCACUGCGGAGUUUCUUACUGUUGAGGCGCUCUUUUUUUUAAUCAUUCUUAUUAUUGUAUUCAUUUUUAUUUUUUUGGAAGCUGGUAUUGCUCUGACACAGUGGGGAGCGUGCGUAAUUGUCAGGUAUGUGUUUAGCCCAGUGUUGAACUGGACCACCCUUGCAAUUGUUCCAAUCAGGUGAACAAGUACAAGAGGACAUGGCGAGUGAGAGGAAACCACGGCUUUGUGUCAUGACAAAGGGGGAGCAAGGCUAUGGCUUCCACUUGCACGGGGAGAAAGGCAAGACUGGACAGUUCAUCCGCAAAGUGGAGCCCGGCUCGUCUGCAGAAGCGGCGGGUUUACGCGCGGGGGACCGGGUGGUUGCGGUGAACGGGGACAACGUGGAGAGAGAGACGCACCACCAGGUGGUACAGCGGAUCAAGGCCUUAGACAAUGAGACCAGGUUACUGGUAGUAGACCAGGAGACGCACGAAUAUUUGCGCAACUUACACCUCACAGCCACAGAAGAGAUGGCCAUUCCCGGAGAGGAGCCGCCUCCCCCGUUUUCACCCCCAGAUCCCUCCAACCCUGCACCGACUUCACUCCCCUCCUCUCCCAACAAGAACAAGCAUGAGGAUGGGAAUAAUGGCUCUGACAUGCUGCAGUCCAUGCUGCACAGGAGUGAGAAUUGUCAGGUGCCGAAACACACCAGGAGGCUACCGUCAUUAGCUGUGAAGAAGGAGGUUUCCAUCCGUGCUGUAGCCCCCACCCACGCAAAGUCCCGAUCACGGCUCCACGGCGACCCGUCGGAGCUGGCUCCACGUCUGUGCCACUUGGUACGGUCAAAGACGGGCUACGGUUUCAACCUCCACAGUCAUCGGUCCAGGCCGGGCCAGUACAUUCGCUCGUUGGAUACGAGCUCGCCUGCAGACCAAGCUGGGCUCCGACCUCAGGACAGAAUCAUUGAGGUAAAUGGCGUGAACAUCGAGGGCAUGCGGCACUCCGAGGUGGUGGCCUUCAUUAAGAAAGGAGUCGAUGAGACCUGGUUGCUGGUUGUGGAUCCGGAUGCGGAUGAGUACUUCAAGAUGAAGGGCAUUAUCCCAACCGUCGGCCAUGUGAAAGACUACGAUGGUCCCUCCAUCUCCAACGGAUCCCACAGCCCUCUCAUGAACGGCAGCUCCACCUCACAUUCCAUCAGGUCAAUGACCUCGGACACAAGUUGCCACAGGAACGGCACACAGCAGGCAGGUGACGAACGAGGCCGAUUCUCGGACCCGUUCGCCGAGAUCGGCCUGAGCGCCACGGCGGCCGAGGAAAAGCGGAAGCUCCACGCUAAAGAGAAGAGGCGGGCGCCACAGAUGGACUGGAUGAAGAAAUACGAGCUCUUCAGCAAUUACUGAAGAGCCGCUUCUAACCCGAGAGGACAAUGACCUUGACACACGUGUUUAGCAACGACAACUGAAGAAUGGAAUUUAAGGAGCUCGACAGACAUUUGAGCAUCACUUCUCUACUUUAGCGGACUUACUUUUAUAUUUAAAGUGUACAAAGGCCUAUAUAAGCAUUGUCACGGCAACGUGAAGUUCACGUAAGGUCACUGUGACGUCACUGAUUGUAGCCUGGAAGAUCACUGUGAUAGAGAGAACGCCCUCCGCCUCAAGCGGGUUCAUAACCUCUGACAAAGACAACUGAUGACUCGGUGGUGUUUGGCAAACUUUUUUUUGUGCUGCCAUUUAACGUAUUUUUUUACAUGAAGAAAACUAGCUGAAUGUGUGCAGCAGAGGGCAAACUUGCACCACAAAUGCAAGAUGUCUUGAGCGGAUUCUUUUGUGUCCUUCUGAAUAAUUUGCCGAAGACAAGAAGUGACUAAGGUUAUGUAGUCUGGGUACAUUUAUUCCCAACUGUGGUUUAAUGUGAAAAACACAUUCAUGUGGUUGAGACCGGAUGAGUAAUGGAGAAUGUAUUUUACUUGGGGGAAUUAAUAAGGAGCUGAGGCAUGUGCUGUUGAUAAAGGUAACCCGCUAUUAAGAGACAGUAUUAGAACAGAAUUAUGUUUAUAAAGGCGGGGCCAUCAAAUGAUACACAGGCAAAAGACGUACUCCUCUCUAGGAAAAUAACUCAAUAUUCAUAUGAUGCCAACAACAAAAUGAUGGUAUCACAAUACAGCCGUAGCAUGAUAAUCAUGAUAAGCAACUGCAGUGGUUUUCAUCGGACAGCAGCAAAAGCAAAAUUUGAUUUCAAGAGAUCAUGAUACAAUACCUCGUCAUAUCGAUACCUGAUGCCAGUAUAUUGUUAUCGUAAGAGAUGAUAGGAUACAUUGCGAUAUCAAUAUUAGACGUUGUGACAAUACUGUAUCGCGUGAGAUGCGAUAAUUGCAAUGUUGAUAAUUGAUGUUGCCGUAUCGAUACUGUAUCGCAAGAGAUCGCGAUACGAUAUAUUGUGAUAUCGACAGCACCAUAUCAAGACUUUGUAUCAUAAAAGAUAAAGACGAUACACCAUCACAUUGAUAUCUGUCGGCUGCGUAUCGAUAAAGUACCGAAACAGCUGGCAGAACACCCGGUGCUAGAAAUAUUGGACGCCAGUGUGUCGAUACAGUAUCACAAGGGACCAUGAUGCAUCAACAACUGAUGUUGCUGUAUCGAUAUCAUAAGAGAUGAUGAUAUAAUAGGACAUCGCAGUAUCGCUAUUUCAUGCCACUUCAUUGAUAUUGUACCGUAACAGAUCAUGACAUAUUGCAUAAAAUUAUGUGAUACAUUGCGAUACAUAUUUUGUCCCACACCUUUUUAUGCAACAAUACUCUUUUUUUCACUCCAUUGGACAAUUUAAAAUUAACAAACGCCUAAAACUUUAGCGCUAUAACUGAUUGUAGUGGAUUACAUAAAAACUACUUGCAUGUUACUUUGGGAUAAAAAGAUGUGGAACCAGGAUCAUUUAUACUUUCUCAGUAAUACACUAACAGAAAUGACAAAAUUCGAGCAUAUGAAGGAACGAAAUGUAGCCUGCGUCUAAAUUAGGACUGUUCGGCCAUGCUGAGGGCCUGCACUUUCACUUUGUACAAUACUACACGGUGAUCUCACCACAAUAACUUACUACUGUACUGCUAGUUUAUUAGCUACAUACAUUUAGUCCAUUAAAGUUCACAUUUCUGGGAGCAAAACAUGUACACAAAUAAAACCCACUUUUCAUUGUUAAAUAUGUAUACAGUACAUAUAUGAGGAACAAUUAUAAUUUUUAAGUAUAUAGUAUCUCUAAACCAUAAUUAAAAGUACAUUUUGUUGAAAUGAAUCUGCCAGUGAAGGAAACAAAGGGGGGGGGGGGCUUGUGAAUGAAUGUCAUAAACGCUUCAAGGCAUUCUGAACUCAGAGGGUCCAACUUUAGCAACGCUUCAGAUUGAGGGAGAAAUUUGGGAGGAUUUUAUGAAGGAUUAUUCCAUGCGCACACAGGAGCAGCUGCCAUGCACAUGCUGGUGUGUGUCAUUUAAUGUGUUGAUAUGAUUGUAUUUCAAGUGGAUCCGCAGGUUGGAAAAAGAGCAUUCAUGUGGAUAAUGUACAUCUCUUGUUUUUUGUUUUGGGUUUGUUUUUUAACGUACCCAAUAGCACCCGCUACAGCUGGUUCAUUAGGAUUUGGCUCUAAACGCUUAAACAACAAGCAAACUCUGUUGCAAAACUGACACAUGCGAUUAAUGCAGUAGCGCUUUCAAUAAAGUGUGACAAUGG